AGCUGAGGAUUGGAGAUCUUGAGCUGCCCUAAGCAUUGCAGAGCUGCAGUUCUUGGUUAAGUCGGAGUUUGUAUUUAGAGAUUCUAAUCUGCCGAGGGAAAAGUUUGGUUUGAGUCUCCAUUUCCGAUGGGGCAAACCCUACCACACAUCUUGUUCAGAUCCUGAGGUCACUUUCGCAAACGAGUCCUGCUUGAGUUUGGGUUUUACGAUCUGAUCGAGAAAGGCGGAAAUCGGAAGAAGAAGACCGGGAAAAGAGAAACAAAAUGCUGGAGCGCUGCCUUGGAGCUCGUCGUGUUCGACAAAUCCAGAGAGCUCUUAGGCAUGGUAAGGUUACGAUUCUCUGCCUCUUCAUGACCGUCAUUGUGCUUCGCAGCUACAUAGGCGCUGGCAAAUUCGGCACUCCUGAGCAGGAUUUUGAGGAGAUAAGGGACCAUCUUUACUUCCGUAAGAGGGCUGAGCCUCACCGUGUUCUUGUAGAAGCCCAGACUACGACCGCAGAUACGACGGAAAAUAACAAUUACGCCACCUUUGAUCCGACAAAGAUAGCGGUAGAUGAAGAAGGAGAUGACGAGAAGCCUGAUCCUAACAAACCCUAUAGUCUUGGCCCCAAGAUCUCUGAUUGGAACGAACAGCGAGAGAAAUGGCUUGCAGAUAACCCUGGUUUCCCCAAUUUCAUUGCUCCCAAUAAGCCUAGGGUUUUGCUCGUUACUGGAUCCUCGCCGAAACCAUGUGAGAAUCCGGUCGGUGAUCAUUAUCUCUUGAAGUCGAUCAAGAACAAGAUUGAUUACUGCCGUCUCCAUGGAAUCGAGAUCUUUUACAAUAUGGCUCUUCUUGAUGCCGAGAUGGCAGGUUUUUGGGCGAAGCUUCCCUUGAUUCGUAAACUCUUGUUGUCUCAUCCGGAGAUAGAAUUCCUAUGGUGGAUGGAUAGUGAUGCCAUGUUCACCGAUAUGGCUUUUGAAGUUCCUUGGGAACGAUACAAAGAUCACAAUUUUGUGAUGCACGGCUGGAAUGAGAUGGUGUACGAUGAAAAGAAUUGGAUUGGGCUGAACACGGGAAGUUUCCUUCUGAGGAACUGUCAGUGGUCGCUGGACAUGCUUGACGCGUGGUCUCCUAUGGGGCCGAAAGGGAAGAUCAGAGACGAUGCUGGAAAGAUCCUCACGAGGGAACUCAAGGGCCGGCCUGUUUUCGAAGCUGACGAUCAGUCCGCCAUGGUUUACCUCCUCAUGACGCAGAGGGAUAAGUGGGGCGACAAGGUAUAUCUCGAGAAUGCUUAUUACUUACAUGGGUACUGGGGAAUUCUGGUCGAUAAAUACGAGGAGAUGAUAGAGAAGCACCACCCAGGCUUGGGCGACCACCGAUGGCCUUUGGUCACUCACUUUGUGGGUUGCAAGCCAUGUGGGAAAUUUGGGGAUUACUCUGUCGAGAGGUGCUUGAAGCAGAUGGAUCGAGCGUUUAAUUUUGGGGACAAUCAGAUUCUUCAAAUUUAUGGGUUCACCCACAAAUCGUUGGCUAGCAGGAGAGUGAAGAGGACUCGGAACGACACGAACAAUCCUCUCGAAGUCAAAGAUGAACUGGGUUUGCUUCAUCCCUCGUUCAAAGCUGUCAAGGUAUCUUCCUCUUCCUGAGUCUUUUAGGUUCCUACCGGUGACCAUCCACGAAGAGCUCUAUCUCCAUCUCUAAAUUAGGAAUGCGAAGGCGUUCUUCUGCUGUUGAAGGAAAGAUUAAAGACGGAAGAUCAUUUUCUUUCAAGCCCAUUAUGUUAUACGUUCAUAUCUUGUAUGUUGUUGCUAUUUUAUUUGCUGGUAGCUAGGUCUGGAGAUUAAUUUUAUUUUUAACAAUUUUUCUUUCUUUUAA